AGUAUAUUUUGUAGUAGCUGUGUCACUUUUUUUUAUGCUAGAAAAGUAAGUCCCAACAUGCCAGAAGAAAUCAGUGCUCUUUGAUGACUGCAAUGGGAAUGAAGGAUUGGAGUUUUCAAUUUCUAAUCCAGACUUGCGGGUUGAAGCAGAUGGUUCUGUAUUUGCUGGAAAAGAUAUGAAGGCCGCUAUACCUGGAUUCUACAUCCAAGCAGCAUCUGUUCAUGUGCAAGACUUGGCCAAAGUUCAGAUUGCAAGAGAAGAUGCUCGCAGUAGCACUUUGAAGGAGGCCAUGAGGAUUGGAAACAACUCUAUUCUGCACAGAAGUAAACGAUCUUUAAUAGCUCCUCCAAUUUCGUUCCCUGAAAAUCAAAGAGGACCGUUCCCAAAAGCUAUUGGAUGGGUAAUAACUGACAAGAAAGAUAACAUCAAAUUUCAACUUCAUGGGAAGGGUGUGGAUGAGGAACCGAAGGGCAUUUUCAAAAUCAAUGAUCAGUCUGGACAAAUCAUUGUCACCCGUACAUUGGAUCGUGAGACUAUAGACAUGUAUAUUCUGCAAGUCGAAAUUACUGACCCCAGUGGAAAACUCCUUGAAGGACCAGCCACCCUCUAUAUCACUAUUAUCGAUCAGAAUGAUAACAAACCCCUCUUCAGGGAAGGACCGUACGUGGGCCAUGUUCUGGAAGCAUCCCCCACUGGAACUACUGUGAUGCGAAUGACAGCUCAUGAUGCAGAUGACCCGAACACAAACAAUGCAGUUCUGCGCUACAGUAUCAUAAAACAGACACCAGAGACGCCAUCUCCAAACAUGUUCUACAUUGAUCCAGAGAAAGGAGACAUUGUCACUGUGGUACCACCAUCAAUGUUAGACCGAGAGACCCUGGAAGUAUGCAAAUACGAGUUGAUUGUGGAGGCUAAAGACAUGGCCGGCAGUGAUGUGGGAUUGACAGGCACAGCCACAGCGACCAUUAUCAUCGAUGACAAGAAUGACCAUGCACCAGUGUUCACCAAAUCUAUGUUUCAAGCUACAGUGAAGGAAGGUUUUACUGGCAUCAUAGUGAAUCUUACAGUAGAGGACAACGAUGACCCAGCAACUGGAGCGUGGAGAGCUGUCUACACCAUAAUCAAUGGAAAUCCUGACCAGAAUUUCCAGAUUGAAACCAAUCCAAAGACUAAUGAGGGAAUGUUAUCCGUUGAUAAAUCUUUGGAUUAUGAAAGAUCUGCAUUUCACACACUGCUAAUUAAAGUGGAGAAUGAAGACCCAAUCAUGCCAGAGAUCAGUUAUGGUCCCAGUUCUACCACCACAGUACAAGUCACAGUUGUUGAUGCGAAUGAGCCACCCAUUUUCAAUCCAGACCCAACGAAUGUAGUCAAACCGGAGAACAUCCCAAUAGGCAGUGUUGUUGUGACAUUGAAUGCAACUGAUCAAGAUAUUCUACAGAAACAGACAAUUAAGUUUGCGCAGUUUCAGGAUCCUGCCGGCUGGCUGACCAUCAAUCCUACAAACGGUACUGUUACAACCAGAGCAGCCCUGGAUCGGGAAUCUCCCUAUGCACAUGACAGUCAAUACACAGCCUUAUUUCUUGCAACUGAUAAUGGUGACCCGGUUGCCACUGGCACUGGUACCUUGAUUAUCACCAUGUUGGAUGUGAAUGACAACCCACCCUCUGUUUAUCCAACCGUAGCUAAGUUCUGUGAGGAUUCAAAGGACCUCAGUGUGGCUCUUCUGGGAGCAACAGACAAAGAUCUCGAACCAAAUGCUGAUCCAUUCAAAUUUCAAUUGGGCAAGCAACCUGGAAUUGAAAAAACCUGGAAGGUCACUCAAGUCAACAGCACCCAUGCUCAACUCAGCCUUCUGCAUUCGCUGAAAAGAGCAAACUACAAUUUGCCAAUUGUAGUGACAGACAGUGGGAAGCCCCCAUUGACCAACAGCACAGAUGUUUUAGUCCAAGUCUGCUCCUGCAAGAAGAACAAAAUGGACUGCAGCACAGCCAACUCUAUCCACAUCAGCACCACACUCCUCCUGAUUUCAUUCAUCACAUUGUUCUGCCUGUAACAAGCACUGAUGUUUGAUGCUGCCCACGGAGUUGCUGUGGCAACAAGAGGGGAAAAAAAGCCAAAUCCGAAGAUUUUACAGGAUUUACAGUUGCUCAAGUUCUAG